AUGUUGACCAGAGACUCGAUGGUAGACACUCAGCAGCCUACCGAGCACAAGGAAUCCUUCGUCGAGAAGAUCCUCGACCACCAUCACAAACAUGGAGACGAGGGCCAGGCCGCCAAGGACAAGCCUCAGGGCGGCGAGGGCGGGCUACGAUCCGAGCUGGAGAAAGGCGAGGCAGGCUUGAAGGAAUACAUCAAAGAGGAUGAGCAGCUCGAGGAAGAGGGUCAGACCUAUGGAGGCUUGAUGUAA